AUGCAUCCCUGGAAGCAGUUCGCGCUGACUGCACUGCCGUGUUUCCCAGCUGCCUUGGGACAGAGCGUUCUGGAUCUGAGCGGUGAUGGGUGGACGGUUAGUAGCAAGGCACUGAAUAUCAGUGUUCCCGGUCGUGUUCCUUCACAGGCACAUCUAGACUUAUUUGCUGCUGGUGCCAUUGACGAUCCUUAUUAUGGGUUGAAUGACUUCAAUUUGCGUUGGAUUGGUAACAACAAUUGGACCUACACAAGUAAACCGAUCCAAGGCUUAUCAAGCAAUUCCAAGUCGGCGUGGCUUGUGUUCGACGGUUUAGAUACCUUCACUACAAUCGAGUUUUGUGGCCAGUUCAUUGGGACCACCGAGAACCAAUUCCGACAAUACAGCUUCGACAUCUCCGAUGCUUUGAGUAAAUGCAAAGGCUCGCCAUCUGUGUCUCUUCACUUCGGAAGCGCCAUCAAAAUUGCCAAUGAUAUUGCUGCCCAGCCGGAUGCUCCCCAAUGGCCAGCCGGAGUUCAAGGAACAUUUGAAUUCCCUAACCGCUGGUUCAUCCGCAAAGAACAGUCCGACUUUGGCUGGGAUUGGGGCCCAGCCUUCUCGCCAGCCGGACCAUGGCAAAAGGUUUUCCUCGUACAAUUCGAGAAUAAAGAAGGAGCCUAUGUUCUCAAUACCGAUCUUGACAUCUACCGGAAAGAUCAAAUCAAUCAUAUAGCACCUGAUCAAAGUCAGCCAUGGGUUGUAAACGCGAGUAUCGACUAUUUGGGAUCUCUCCCUAGCAAGCCAUCGAUGGCGUUCGAAAUCAAGGAGCUUGGGUCCGGCAAGGUACUGAAGUCCGGAUUGCUUAACAACGUCGUCGCCACCGGGAAAACUAUCACAGGUAACACCCUGGUUGAUGCAGAUGCAGCCAACCUGUGGUGGCCUACAGGCCUGGGCAAGCAAAACCUGUACAAUAUCACAGUAACAAUCCAAGACGGCAAGCAGGACUUGGCAAGUGUCACUAAGCGCACCGGAUUCCGCACCAUCUUUCUCAACCGAUCCAACAUUACUGAAGAGCAAUUAGCACAGGGAGUUGCUCCCGGUGCGAACUGGCAUUUUGAAGUGAAUGGCCAUGAAUUCUACGCCAAAGGAUCCAAUCUCAUUCCGCCAGACGUUUUCUGGCCCCGAGUCACCGAAGCCAAGAUGCAGCGACUAUUUGACGCGGUCGUCGUCGGAAAUCAAAACAUGCUCCGAGUCUGGUCUUCAGGUGCUUAUCUUCCAGACUUCAUGUACGAUCUUGCUGAUGAGCGUGGUGUCCUGCUCUGGAGCGAGUUCCAAUUCAGUGAUGCUUUAUAUCCAACAGACCAACCAUUCUUGGACAAUGUCGCUGCUGAGGUUGUGUACAAUGUACGACGCGUGAACCACCAUCCCUCCCUCGCCUUGUGGGCCGGUGGAAACGAGAUUGAAAGCUUGGAAUUACCCGAAGCCAAGCAGAAGGCACCAGAACAAUACGCCGACUACGUAGGCGACUACGAGCACCUCUUCAUCACAUUGAUCCUUCCCCUCGUUUACGAGAACUCACGCUCAAUAUCAUACAUGCCCAGCAGCACAAACAACGGUUUCCUGGAAGUCGACCUUUCCGCCAAAAUCCCCAUGGUCGAGCGCUACGAUAACGGCACAGACGCAGAGGGUUACUAUUACGGAGAUACAGAUUAUUACAACUACGACAGCAGUGUCGCCUUUGACUUCGAUGGCUAUCCAGUAGGACGUUUCGCCAACGAAUUCGGAUAUCACAGCAUGCCAAGUUUACAAACCUGGCAGCAAGCCGUCGACGACGAAGACCUCCACUUCAACAGCAGCACCAUCAUGCUCCGAAACCAUCACUACCCGGCCAAUGGUCCGGAUACCCAUAAUUAUAAGAAUACCUCCAUGGGCAUGGGCGAGAUGACACUAGCCGUUCAGCGAUACUAUCCAACACCGGACAAACACGACUCCGUCGCGAACUUCAGUGCUUGGUGUCAUGCGACGCAACAUUUCCAGGCUGAUAUGUACAAGUCCGAGAUCCAGUUCUACCGGCGUGGCAGUGGCAUGCCUGAGCGGCAGCUUGGUUCUUUGUAUUGGCAACUGGAGGAUAUCUGGCAGGCGCCUACGUGGGCUGGGAUUGAGUAUGAUGGGCGCUGGAAGGUGCUCCAUUAUGUUGCGCGUGAUAUAUUCAAGCCGGUCAUUGUUUCUCCGUUUUGGAAUUCUUCGACUGGAGAUUUGGAUUUGUAUGUCACUUCGGAUCUUUGGGAAGAUGUUCGUGGAAAUGUCAGUCUUUCUUGGGUUAAUUUGGCUGGGAAGCCUAUUCCCGGGAAUGCUGGAACGCCGAAAAGCAAAACGUUUUCUGUUGGGGGGUUGAAUACGACGAACAUCUAUUCGACUAAUGUGUCGAAGCUUUCUCUGUCGAAUACGAAAGAUGCGGUUUUGGUCAUUGAUCUUGUUGCGCAGGGUCAUCUUCCUAAUUCUGAGACCGGGGGGUUGACUACGUUCACACAUCGGAAUCAGUUUACGCCUGUCUAUCCGAAAGACUUGGAACUGAAAGAUCCUAAGCUCAGUCUAUCGCAUGAUGCCAAGACUGGCGUUUUCACGGUUGAGGCGAAGAGUGCAGCCUCACUGUACACAUGGAUUGACUACCCCGCCGGUGUAGUGGGUUACUUUGAGGAUAACUCAUUCACCCUGAUUCCUGGUGAGAAGAAGACUGUUAAGUUCGUGGCCCAGAAGGACGAGACUGGAGGCAAGUGGGUGAAUGAUGUUACUGUGCGAAGUAUGUGGGAUCAAACCACGUCUUGA